UAAGAGGAGAGGACAGACAGAACACAGAAGGCAGAGGGUGGAGAAAAAUAACGAUGGCGACGAGGCUGAAAGCGAUGGGGAGUUUGCCGAAACUGAUACAAAGCAUGAGGAAAGAAGCUCCAAAGCAUUGCAAUCCAGUUUUGCCGUCUCUGAGACGAGCUUUCUCCCUCUACGACCAGAUCAAUCUCAUUGACAAUGUCCCCGAAGACCAGCUCCGCUUCCAAGAGUUUAACGAGACGAGUUUCACGGUGAAUGGAGUCAAAUACGAAGGUAGCUUGCUCUGUGUUGGGAACUUGCUUAUGUCAUGGACCCCUCGUCAAUUCUCUGAGAUUACCCCUGAUAGUUUGUCUAUCUUCCAGACAAUUCGUCCCAUUCCAGAGCUCUUAAUUGUUGGUUGUGGAAGAAACAUCCACCCGGUAACUCCCGAGCUCCGUCAGUUUGUCAAGUCUAUUGGGAUGAAGCUAGAAACCGUUGAUUCUAGAAAUGCUGCAUCAACUUACAACAUUCUGAAUGAAGAAGGAAGGGUCGUUGCUGCUGCAUUGCUUCCGUAUGGUGUUACAUCUUAAGAAAAAAAACCUAGCAACUCGACCUCGAUCUGUAUAAUUGUUGAUGAAUGUCAUGUCCAGACUUCAUCUAUUGUGAACAUAAACCGAAACCCCAUCGGCUUUUUAUCUUUGCUUCUCGAGCUUAAUAACAGACGCUGUAGCAAAUAUGAAACCUUGUCAUUACAUUUCUCACCUUUCAAUAUAUUAUCCAUAAUUUUAACUUUA